AUGAUUGGUCAUCAUAAGCUUUCCAUUUGUUUAAGAAUGGUUCUCUUGUUCAAAGCCAUGGCGUCCUUCCGCCUCGCUCUUAUCCAACUUCAUGUAUCUGCUGUUAAAUCAGAUAAUCUCCAACGAGCCUGUGGACUGGUGAGAGAAGCAUCAACUAAAGGAGCAAAACUUGUGGCUCUACCUGAAUGCUUUAAUUCUCCGUAUGGAACCCAAUACUUUAAGGAGUAUGCAGAGAAGAUUCCUGGGGAAUCGACACAAAAGCUGUCGGAAGUUGCAAAGGAGUGCAGCAUAUAUCUUAUUGGAGGAUCCAUUCCAGAAGAGGAUGGUGGAAAGCUUUAUAAUACAUGUACUGUCUUUGGGCCUGAUGGUGCUCUGCUGGCAAAGCAUAGGAAGGUCCAUUUGUUUGACAUUAAUGUUCCUGGGAAGAUAGAGUUCAAAGAGUCUGAAACACUGAGUCCAGGGAAUAGUUUCUCUAUGUUUGACACACCAUACUGCAAAGUGGGCUUGGGCAUCUGCUAUGAUAUGAGAUUUGCUGAGAUGGCUCAAAUCUACAGCCAGAAAGGUUGCCAGCUGCUGAUAUAUCCAGGGGCUUUUAACAUGACAACAGGACCAGCUCAUUGGGAACUCUUACAAAGGGGACGAGCUGUUGAUAAUCAGCUCUACGUAGCUACUGUAUCUCCUGCUAGAGAUGAAAAAGCAUCCUAUGUUGCCUGGGGACACAGCACUGUAGUAAAUCCAUGGGGUGAAGUCAUAGCCAAAGCUGGGGCUGAGGAAACAGUUGUAUACACAGAUAUAGAUCUAAAGAAACUUGCAGAAAUACGUCAACAAAUUCCUAUUUUAAGCCAGAAGCGUUGUGAUCUCUAUGGUGUAGAGAUGAAAAAGUGAAGCUGGGUGAAGAGGGGAGGUUCAGCUGUCACAGUGGCUCGUGCCUUCAUCUUUGGAAGGAUUUCCUUAGCAGUUGCUCCAUAAUUUGCUGCCAAAUGUGUCAGUUAAGAAACCACCACAUAAGAAAAACUUGUUGCAAUUCUAAUAUGAUUGAAAUACAACUUUUGUGUCUCUUCUCAUACUUGAGUAUUUCAUAAUAUUUUACAGCUAGGAUAAAGAUGGAGAUGAAAUCAGUUCAACACAGCAGUGAUUAACAUUGCUUUUUAUGCAUCAUAAUGUUUUAGUUACCUUCUGAAGGCUUUUUUGUAGAAUAUGGAAAUGUUCUCUCAGACUCCCUCUCAAAUCAGCUUUGGUAUUAUUAAUUUUUCAAUGAAUUAUCAGAACAUCUAGAAGCAUGAUUCUUCUCACUCUGUCCUUAUUAGAUGCACAUGUCUUAACCAAGGUCCUUGAAUGCCCUAGUUCUAACUUGAGAAGCUUAAAAUUUAACACACUGACCAAAAUAGGCCAAAUUCUGCUCUGCACUACUUGGGACACCAGAAGAAGCUGCCAGACAGAGCUGCUCCUAUAGAAGAAUCUAUAAGAGUUUUUGGUUCAUGUGUUUUGUCUGGAUCCAUGUAUUGAAUUCUCCUUAUGGGAAAUCCUAUUCAUUGCUGCAGUGAUAAGGGUUACUGUGUUGUUAAAAUAAUUCACGUGUUGCCACACGUUUUAUCUCCAUACUGCUUCCUUAAUAGAUUGUCUGAGUGGGUUUUCAUUCUGCUGUCUGCAAAAAAGCCAAGGGGAGUCAGGUUGGAAAACCUGUUGCACUAGUCCUUCUGCCCAGUCUCACAGGGGACUGCUCAAUGUGGGAAUGCAUUAUUGCUACCAUGGGCAGCUAACACUCCUUACUGUGCUGCUUUUGCUGGAGACAAACUGAUUGUGAAAGAUGGCUUUAAAAUACUGAAAACCAGCCAAGCGUGUUGCACUCUUGGUUUUGGGGUUUUUCUUGAAGGAAGAUAUCUUUUAAUGCGAACAGAAAUUACAAAUUAUGCUUUUUAUUCCUUGGGAUGAAAAACACAACCAACUUGCCAGCUUUCACUGAUAAACUUUUGGUUUCCCAGAGCAUAAAACAGCUGUAAGGCUACAAGAGAUAUCAAAAUAGAAAGCAAAGGUUUUGUUUUGCUCUAGCUAACCACAUUUACCCCCAAACUAUCUUACCUCUUAUUCAUGUUCAGCAAUCCUCCUCUUCCCAGUUAUUUUGUUUGGUGAGGUUUUUUGUUUGUUUGUUUUGUUUGUUUGUUUUUAAUUUUGGCUUCUCUGCAAUGAGCUUGGGUGUGUGUUUUAUAAACAAAAACAAAUGCUCAGCCAAGCCAUGACACAUUCUUCUCCUCAAAAGCCAGAUCCCACCAUUCCACUUGGUGGCAUUCUGUAGCAGCAGGUAUUUUUUGUCUGUACUUUUCACUGCAUUCUGAUGUACAUACUGCACUGGAACUUUUAAGAAAUAAGCCACAGAGCACAAGGUGAAAUGAAGGUUUAUUUGUUGAAAAAUAAAUAUUAAAAAAUUAACAGUUUACCAUUUGAGCUGAGUCUCCUGCAUUAGAUUAGUGUUUCCCACAUACUUAACAACCUGUAUAUGUGAUGGCCAUUGCUGGGCUCCAACUUCUAAGUUAUAACUAUUUUAUCUCUUUCCCUCCCCUCUCUCUACUAGUUCAACACACACGAGUAAAUAAUCACUACCUUUGGAGGAUUAUAGUGCAGGAUUCUCAUGGACUGACCACUUAAGUCUGAGAAAUGCAAAGUGCAGUUUGCAACAGGUAACAGAAUCUGUGGUCUGAAGCCUCCCCUGGAAUCCCAAAUGGAGAGGAUGAAUGAAAAUCUCUUACAGGUUACUUUGGUAAACUCAGCUGAAGAGCUGACAUGAGCUCAGUUCUUCUCAGUCUCUCAGGACAACUUUGAAGCGCCUUGUUGUAGUAGGGUAUUUAGUAGGGUCUCCAGUGUGCUGCACACAAGUGCAACAAAUGGGACUGUGCAUUUGUGAGGCUUCCACUGAAAAAAAAAAAAAUAGUCCUUAGCCAUAGUACUUAAAGCAGCCAAUACUCAACCUUUGUGUUGUAGGAAACAGGCACUUUUAAGUAUCCCUAUGACACAUAUGCACCAAUAAACUAAUCAGCAACAACCCUGAAACAGUUCCAGAAUUUCAGCUUGCAAGAAUUUAAAUUACUUUUAAAGAAAUGGCAGAAAAUUGGGCAGUGUUAGGACUGCUGGGCUGAUUAAACCUGCCCUUAUCUAAGCUGUUCUUGAUAGCUACAGACUAAAUUACAGUACAGCUCUUCGGUGUAUGUUAGUUCCCUCUUCCCUUUCCAUUUGCAGUUAGAUGCAAGAAUCAUGGAAUAUGCUCAACUGGAAGGGGCCAUCAGGAUCAGAGUCAAACUCCUGGCCCUGUGCAGGACAUUGCAAGAAUCACACCGUGUGCCUGAGCACGUUGUCUCUUGUGCACAACAAGGACCAUAUAUGAUGAGAAUCAAGUUGCUAGACAAUUGUAUGUGGAAGCAACUUCCCAGAGUAUCCCUCUAGGAGACAUGGGCUUUAUCCAAGUCUUCAAUACUAGCUUCCUACAUAAUUUCAACUUUUUUUAAAAACAGCAAUAAUACUUGUUUCACUUCGGUUCACAUGCACACCUGUCUUAAAACAAAACCUCAGCUGUAUCAGCCAUUUACAGAAAGUCCGUUUAAUCACAGGGAUGCACCUGCAUGCACAAUAGGGUCUCAGCUACUCAGAUUCCCAGCCUUCCUGGAUCAACUUCCUUGCCCCUGCGUGAUGGAAGCAAGC